UUUGUACUUCAGGUUCCUUCUCUGUAAAAAGGGGAAGAUGAAUGCCUGCCUCAACUUCUCUCCAUUCAGUCUAACAUUUAAGUGCUUUCUAUAUACACGGCACUUGUGCUAGGUUCUGGGGAUACUUAAUAUGAAAAUGAAUGAAUGAAUGAAUGAAAUUAAAUGAAAAUGAAGAAGUGACACAGUCCUUCCAUCAAAGACCCUACAGAGGAAACAUCAGGAACAACCUGCUCAAAUAAAUGGAGGCAAGAGAUGUCAAAAUGAAAUCAAGGAACUGCUCUAACAGUCCAGUUUGAUUGAAACGUAGACUGCAUGAAGACAAAAAAUGUGAAAUAAGACUGGAAAGGUGAUGACUUUUGGAGCUGCAGGAGCUCUGCUAAACAGAAGGGUUGUAACUGAUAUCAGUGGAGGGAUGCAUCCAUGCCAAAGAAAUGAAUCCUCGGAGUAGCUAUGACCAUGUAAAUACAAAUGGGAACAUAAUUGGAGAAUCGUGGGAUCUCAACCAGAGGAGACCUGACCCACACCUGAACAGGAAUCCCCUCUACAACAUCCCCAAUGAGCAAAUAUUUCAAAACAUCAAACAAGAAUACAGCCGCUAUCAGAGGUGGAGACAAUUAGAAGUUGUCCUUAAUCAGAGUGAAGCCUGCAUUUCAGAGGGUCAGUCACACUCUUCAGGACUUUCAGCACCGAGCUCACCAGGUUCAUCCUGGAUGAAAAAGGACCAGCCAACAUUUACAUUACGACAAGUGGGCAUAUUGUGUGAACGUCUCUUAAAAGACUAUGAAGAUAGAAUUCGGGAGGAAUAUGAGCAAAUCCUCAAUACAAAAUUAGCAGAACAAUAUGAAUCUUUUGUGAAAUUCACACAUGAUCAGAUCAUGCGACGAUAUGGGACAAGGCCAACAAGCUAUGUGUCUUGAAUUUUCUUUGCAUAUCUGGGUACCUGGUCUGACCUCAAGAGAUGGCUGCUGUACACUUUUGCAACUGGUUUGAUAUCACAUUUCAGCUCCAACUUUGCAUCCUGAGAACACUUAAAAUAUCUCUGCAGGUCCAUUUUUAUAUAACUUGAAAGACCUUGAAACUUUCUGGUUGCCACAAAGCAUAACUUUCUUUUCUGCUCAGCCAAUAAACAGCUGUGCCCUACCAUGAGAUAUUUCCCAAACACAAAAUACAUGGAGCAGCAGUUUAGCAACGUAAAAGCCUUUAUUGGCGCUAAGCAGAUGGAACGUCUCCCCAAGCCCAGUUCUGUAAGGGGUGUGUGUGUCUGUGUGUCUGUGUUGUGUGUGUGUGUGAGUGUGAGAGUGUGUGUGGGUGGGUGUGGGUGUGAGUGUGUGUGGGUGUGUAUAUGUGAGUGUGUUUUUUAAGUUAUUAUUUGUACUGUGCAAAUUUUCUGAUCUUGGGGAUCCUGGCUGUGAAUUUGAUGCACGACAAUUAUGGUUAGAAACAUUUUUUGGUCUACAAGGAUCAAUAAUGUUUUGGUGACCAUAGAAGUUAUAACCGUGGAUUGUUUUGUGUGUAGCUAUUAUUGUUAAAUACAGGGACUAUUUUCAGGCACAGAAUAUUAAUCAUAAUUUAGGUUGGACAAUAGAUGUGAUUAUGACGACAGAGAGAGGUUUUUGCGCUUGUAGGUUUUACAUACAGCAUGGAAUUAGUACAAGCUGGAGAAAGGAUCAUUUGACCUAUGGACUCAGCCUGGCCGUGCUAAGAAAACACCUUGACUCCAAGCCUUAAAAUACACACGUGGAGUCUGCAGCUCACAGCGGCGGCUUGUGCGCUCAUUUACACAACCAGGAGCUCCACCAACACUUUUGACCUCUCAGAAGAAAAGGCUUCCCCAAGAGCAGGAGGUUGUGCUUGUCUCGGUGUCACACAAGUGAAUGAGGGUGGCUCUGCUUGGUCCAGCGUCGUAUUGUUACAGUUCGUAACAGUACCUUCAUCUUGGGUUGUUAGGCUAGAAACAGAACUUCUGAUCCCACGUUCAGGUUUUUUCCAAAUUCUUCCAAGAUGUUUCAGUGCUUGGCUGCUUGGAUUUUUUUUAGGGGGUACGACCCCUGCCCUGAGUUGAUAACACGCUGUUCUUCUCCUUUGAAUUUCCAAGGUCGAAGGACAGAAAGUAACCUCUGUUUUGAGGAGGUGGAAAUUCAGUGUACUUUUUUUUACUGUGACUUGUCAAGGACCAUAUUCCACAGCAAUGCCUUGUUUCAUUUAUUAUUGUUUCUUGAAAGUUAAAUGUUUUUAGUUUAAAUAUAGGCUAGAAUUUUAAAUUAGGGCUCAUUUUGAAAAAUGCUGAGUUUAGUUCAAAUGUAUGCCAAUGCCUUCUGGGUGGAUAAUAUUCAGAGACAAUUGUUGUUGAUCAGAUGGCAUAGAGAAACCUUUUGGAAUAGUCACAUUUGCAGAUUGCCUAUUGAUGAAUGUCUUUGACUUAAAUCUAACCAAAAAACUACAAUGUUAUCCUUUGUACAUUUUCAUUAUAUAGUGUUAACGAGCUUAGUUGCAAACCAAUAAAAUACUUAAGCUAUUUGUUUAC